AUGAGUAACAACUGGAAUGCAAAUAAUAGAGAUCGUAGGGGCUGGAGUGGACCAAAAUGGGGUGGACGUGGAGGACAUGGAGGACGUGGAAGAGGAGGAAAUAGAGGCUCAUGGCCUAGGCCAAACUUUCACGAUCAGCAAAUAGGAGCAUUUGGAGACCAAAGGGGAGGGUACCGUGGCGGUAAUCGAAACAACUUUGGAGAUAGAUACCCUAACCGACAAUGGCAGAACAGGCCGAAUAGGGAUACUCCAGGUAAGAGGUUAUCCGAAGAAGAUAUAGGUGUAACAGAGUACAUGAGCGAGCAUAAGGGUUUCAAUGGAAUUAUAAAAUGUAGAUAUUCAGACUUUCAAGUAUCAGAAAUAAAUGAAAAUGGGGAAAUAGCAAAACUUACAAAUUUGUCACCUCCGGAACUUCCGGAAGAUGCUAUCCAUGAAGAUGAAGAUUUACUUUUAUCAAAAUAUAAUACAGAAAUACUACCGAUAGAGACUUGGGAUCGUAUUAAUGCAUUAUCCGCCAACCCACAGCCAACAGAUGAGAUUGUUGAAGUGGAUGUUACGGGAAUGACGAAGGAGCAACGAACUAAAAUUCAUGAUGCAGUGAAAAGGGCCUUUGGGAAGAGUAUAGUGGGAAGUACUGUUUCUGUUGAUGAUAAGAAGUUUGUUAGAUUCCAGAAGUUCAGAAAAGGAGUGCGCAGAGACAACAGAGUGAAGUGGAUAUGGCCAGGUGAAUAUGUGUACUUUAUAGUGCACAAAGAGAAUUGCGAUACUAUGGAAGCGGCGGCCAGACUUGCUGAUAGAUUGAAAAUGAACAUGCAUCCAUCUCUGAUGGGAUAUGCUGGCAGCAAGGACCGACGUGCGAAGACCUCGCAGUGGUUUAGUCUACGGAAGGUGGAUCCACGUCGUAUCGCCUCGGCCGCUCAGGACUUGCAAAAUCUACACGUAGGCAAUUUCAGUUUCAAUAACGUUAACCUCAAGCUUGGCAUGCUUAAAGGGAACCGGUUCCGCAUAGCUCUCCGUAACGUUACCGCCUCGGAUGAGGUCAUUUCUGAAGCGUGUGAGAAAUUGAAGACUUUAGGGUUUGUCAAUUAUUAUGGGCUCCAGCGUUUUGGCACUAGAAUGGACAUACCUACCUACGAGAUUGGACUCAAGCUAUUGCAGGCUAAUUACAGGGAGGCAAUAAAGUAUAUUCUGGAUGAUCGAUGUGGGCGCGGUGGGUCGAGUGAGGUUCGUUUGGAGCGAGCUCUGCAGAAAAACCCAAGGGACCUGCUUGGUGCACUUGACAAGCUGGCACGCAACAAGCGCAUCCUGUACCUGCACGCGUACCAGUCGCUGCAGUGGAACCGCUGCGUGUCGCAGCGACUGCAGCGGUUUGGACACGUGCCUGCUGUGGGCGAUCUGGUUCCCCUUACGCCGCUGGAGAUAAACAUUGAAGACGAAGACGAUGCAGAAUCAGAUGUUGAAGAAAAAGAAGACAAAACGUUAGACGAGAAUGCUGACCAGAGCGAUGAUGCAAUAAAACCAACGACAGAUGACACCGAUGAUAACAAAGAACCAGACAAAAUAUCUGAUAAAACAACAGAAAAGAAGGCUCAAAUGAAAAAUGUUCCAAAACCAAAAGUCCCAGUUAAGGUUCUGACAGAAGAAGAUGUACAAAGUGGUCGUUAUACAAUUUUCGACGUUGUAAUGCCUGUACCAGGGUACAAUAUCGAAUAUCCACCAAACAUGGUAGAAUAUUACAAGGAGUUAUUGGAGAAGGAUGACCUUAAGUUGGAUAUGAGACAUAAGAACAAGUCGUUCAGCAUGGCGGGCGCGUACCGGCACGUGGUGGUGCGGCCGCGCGACAUGAGCUGGCGCGUGGUGCGCUACGACGAGCCGUACUGCGACCUGCUGCUGUCCGACCUGCAGCAGCUGCACGGACACACCGACACCGGCGAGCGCGAAGAUGGUAAAUUCAAAGCGUUUCUGUUAACAAUGUCGUUACCAGCAAGUUCUUACGCCACGAUGGCUCUGCGCGAACUCCUCAAAGUGGAUACCUCCAAUGAUAACCAAGCUCAGCAGAAUAACUAUUUCAAGAGCAAAUCUAAAGACGCGACUGACAAAGGAAAUGACAAACAAGAAAAGAAAGAUGAAAAAGGAAAACUGGAAGACGAGAAAGAAGACGAAAAAGAAGACGAAAAGGAAGAUGAAAGAGAAGAUAUGAAUGUGCAAGAGGAAAAUAACGAUGAGCUGAAACAGGAUGAUGUUAAUGAAAAAGAAGAUACACCGGAUGAUAGUAGAGCUGAGAAACGAAAAAUUGAAGAAAGCGAAGAAGUAGACGCAAAUGCAAAGAAGCAAAAGAAAGAGGACGACAUUAAAGAAAAUGUAGAAAGUGAAAAAUAA